AAACAAGAAGAGAAAGAGAAAAAGAGGAAGCUUGUGUAAACAACAACAUAAAACACCAUCGAAGGAAGGGGUGGUGGUGUUUAUGUUCAUGUCUUCAUGAGUGGAGCUUCUUGGCCAACCCUCUUGACCCCAUCAUCAUCAUCAUCAUCAUCAUCAUCAUCAUCAUCAUCAUUACCCACUUUCACCUCCCCUAAAUUAUUCUCUCUUAUCUCUCUUUUUCUUUUAUUUUAAAAAAUAUAUAUACUCUUUCUUUCUUAAUUCAUCAGAAAACUGGUUUGCUUUUGCUUUUCGAUUCCUUACAUUUCACUCAAUAAUAAUCCCCGGAUCUCUCUGAUCCACCCACCAAGUUCGAAAUUUUCUGAGAAUUGAUCAUUCGGGUCACCCCCAAAUUCUUGUCUUUUUUGAUCUGGGUUUAACGCCACCAAUCAUCAUUUCGUAUGGGAAACAGCAGCAGCAGCAGCAGCGGAGGUGGAGGUAGACGCCACCGUCGCCGGCGAAACCAUACGCAUCCUCCGGCGGCUCCUCCUCCUCCUUCUCUUCCUCCGCCACCUCCAUCUACAGAUAUCCAACCGGUAUUCGCCGCCGCUACACCGUAUCCAAACCCUAAUUCUAAUCCGGUUUACCAGUACCCUCAUUCUUACUACAAUCCUCAGCCGGGUGCCAUGUCGGGGCCGCCUCUUCCGCCGUACGAUCACCACCUUCAUCAUACAUCGCAUCCUUACCACCAGCACUCUUGGUCCCCUAUGGCGAGGUACCCUUACGCUGGUCCCAUGAUGAUGGCUCAGCCGGCUCCCUACGUUGAACACCAGAAGGCCGUCACGAUUCGUAACGAUGUUAAUCUCAAGAAGGAGAGUCUUCGCCUUGAACCUGACCCCGAUCAUCCGGGUCGGUUUCUCGUCUCCUUCACGUUUGAUGCAACCGUCUCCGGGAGGAUUAGUGUCAUUUUCUUUGCUAAAGAAUCCGAAGCUUGCAAUCUCACAGCGACUAAGGAGGAUAUUCUGCCACCAAUCACUCUAGAUUUCGAGAAAGGACUCGGUCAGAAGUUUAAACAAUCAUCUGGUUCGGGUAUAGACUUUUCCACGUUUGAGGACGUUGAGCUGUUCAAGGCCACAGACACAGAUAUCUAUCCAUUGGCAGUUAAGGCAGAAGCAGCUGCUUCAGGUGAGAAUGCAGAAGAAGGGUUAGAUUCGAAGAAGAAUGCCCAGAUUACUCAAGCGAUUUAUGAGAAAGAUAAAGGAGAGAUUAAGCUUAGGGUGGUGAAGCAGAUACUAUGGGUUGAUGGAACUAGAUAUGAGUUGCAGGAAAUUUAUGGGAUUGGGAAUACGGUUGAGGGCGACGAUGGUUCAGCUGAUGAUGCUAAUGACCCGGGCAAAGAAUGUGUUAUAUGUUUGUCUGAACCACGAGACACCACUGUUCUACCAUGCCGACAUAUGUGUAUGUGCAGUGGAUGUGCUAAGGUAUUGAGGUUUCAGACAAAUCGAUGCCCUAUUUGCAGGCAACCUGUCGAAAGGCUUUUGGAGAUAAAAGUUCACGGUAACAGCGGAAGCGGGAACAAUACCAGACAACAGGGAGAGACAACUGAACAAGAAUAGCAACCACAAGAGAGUAUGGAUCGAAAGAACCAACUGUCAUCUAUAUAUUAGUAUGCAUAUGUUUGAUCCUUGUGUGUUAACAACAAAAUGUGUGAUUGUCAAUUCAUAAUAUAGAAAAUUUCGAAAUCAUUUGGAUU